GCCGCAUAUAUAAACGCGAACCCAGCCUCUUCCUCGUAGUGCCGCCGGGACCGUUGGCCACGGACUAGGUUUUGCAGCUUUUGUAUUUCACGCUCCCUGGGCUCUGCGAGCUGAAAGAGCCGAGCUCGCGGGCCAGUCAUCAUGUCGCGUUACGGGCGGUAUGGAGGAGAAACCAAGGUGUAUGUUGGUAAUCUGGGAACCGGUGCCGGCAAAGGAGAGUUAGAAAGGGCUUUCAGUUAUUAUGGUCCCUUAAGAACUGUGUGGAUUGCGAGAAAUCCUCCAGGAUUUGCCUUUGUGGAAUUUGAAGAUCCUAGAGAUGCAGAAGAUGCAGUGCGAGGCCUGGAUGGGAAGGUGAUUUGUGGUUCCCGAGUGAGAGUUGAAUUAUCAACAGGCAUGCCUCGGAGAUCUCGUUUUGAUAGACCACCCGCCCGACGUCCCUUUGAUCCCAAUGAUAGAUGCUAUGAGUGUGGCGAAAAGGGACAUUAUGCUUAUGAUUGUCAUCGUUAUAGCCGGCGGCGGCGAAGCAGGUCACGGUCUAGAUCACAUUCGAGGUCCAGGGGUAGGCGAUACUCUCGCUCACGAAGCAGGAGCAGGGGAAGGAGAUCAAGAUCAGCAUCUCCACGACGAUCAAGAUCGGUGUCUCUUCGUAGAUCAAGAUCAGCUUCACUCAGACGAUCUAGGUCUGGUUCUAUAAAAGGAUCGAGGUAUUUCCAAUCACGGUCAAGGUCAAGAUCAAGAUCCAGGUCUCUUUCACGACCACGAAGCAGCCGAUCAAAGUCCAGAUCUCCAUCUCCAAAAAGAAGUCGUUCCCCAUCAGGAAGUCCGCGAAGAAGUGCAAGUCCUGAAAGAGUGGACUGAAGUUCUCAAGUUCACCUUUUAGGGAAAAGUUAUUUUGUUUACAUUAUUAUAAGGGAUUUGUGGUGUCAAAGUGUAACCUAGGAAGGGUAUUUCAACCAUCUAAUCAAAGUGGAUCUGGAUUAUUACUCUGUAAAUUCACAGCAGUAAGAUAAUAUAAAAUUUUUGUUGAAUGUAUUAACAUCCUAUGGUCUGAAAAUGUGGGUUUUUAUUUGGCACAUUUAAAUAAAAUGUUUCUAACUAGA